AUGCCCGCCCCAACAGCGCUGUCGAGGCGCCCUGAAGAGUUGGCGGAGGCCGCGAAUGUGCCAUUACCUAUGGAAAGCCAAGAUGAUGAGUUAUUACUAGACGCCCCCGAGGCAACCACCUCAGCAAUGGAAGUUGUUCAGCUAGCCACAGAAGGAGCAGACACAGAAAUGAACAUCGACGAAGAAGGACGACCAAGAUUUGCACCAGCUAAGAACACAGAAGGACCAUCAAGAAUCGAAAUCCGCAAAGUCCUUAUCCCACCCCACCGAAUGUCACCCCUCAAGGCGGCAUGGCCAAAGAUGAUAUCUCCUCUCGUUGAACACCUAAAACUCCAAGUCCGCAUGAAUAUUAAGACUCGCGCAGUCGAGCUUCGGACUUCAAAAUAUACCACGAGUAAUGGGGCCCUUCAACAAGGCGCAGAUUUUGUGAAAGCUUUCAGUUUAGGCUUCGACGUCGACGACGCCAUCGCCUUACUUCGAAUGGACGAGUUGUACAUUGAGACAUUCGAGGUGAAAGACGUAAAAACGCUGCAGGGCGAGCACCUUGGGCGCGCGAUAGGUCGUAUCGCGGGGAAGGACGGCAAGACGAAGUUUGCCAUUGAGAAUGCGAGCCGGACUAGGGUGGUGCUUGCGGAUUCGAAGAUUCAUAUUCUAGGUGGAUUCAAGAAUAUCCAUAUUGCCAGGGAGGCAAUUUGUAGUUUGAUUUUAGGAAGUCCACCUGGGAAGGGCAUCCGAAUUGCAUUGAAUGGCGUUACGGGAGAUGAUGGGACUCUCUAA